CUCGCCUCCUCCCCGCCCUCCUCCCUCCUCGGUCCUCAGACUGGCGGACCGGGCAGGCACUGCCCGGGUGGACGACCUCGGGCAGGCUUCCCACGGAGCGCAGCGGAAAAGCAAACCGGGUCGCGGAACCAGGCACCAGCGAGCCCCUUUUGUGCCCGCGCGGCGGCGGCGCAGAGCCGGCGCAUCCCCCGGGGCCCGGGCGCGGCUGACCGACUGCCGGCACCCCGUGCGCCCAGCUCUCCGCACCCGGCGCCAGGAGCGGUUGCCGCGAUGGUGGCGCGCGUGGGCCUCCUGCUACACGCCCUGCCGCUGCUGCUGUGGGGCGGCCUGGACGCCGCGCCGGCCGAGCGCGUCGACCAGGAGCUGCGCGAGGAGGCGGAGGCAUUCCUGGAGAAGUACGGCUACCUCAAUGAACAGGUCUCCAAAGCUCCCCCCUCCACUCGAUUCAGCAUUGCCAUCAGACAGUUCCAGUGGGUGUCUCAACUGCCUGUCAGUGGUGUACUAGACCAUGCCACCCUGCAUCAAAUGUCACGACCCCGCUGCGGGGUCGCAGACACCGACGGUCAUGCAACCUGGAUAGAGCGGAUCAGUGCCCCUUUUGCUGGACGCCGGGCCAAAAUGAGGCGAAAGAAACGCUUUGCAAAGCAAGGCAACAAGUGGUACAAACAGCACCUCUCCUACCGCCUGGUGAACUGGCCGGAGCGUCUGCCUGAGCCCGAAGUCCGGGGCGCCGUGCAUGCUGCCUUUCAGCUGUGGAGCAACGUCUCGGCACUGGAGUUCUGGGAGGCCCCAGCCACGGUCCCUGCAGACAUCCGCCUCACUUUCUUCCAAGGAGACCACAACGACGGGCUGAGCAAUGCCUUCGAUGGUCCAGGGGGCGCCUUAGCGCACGCCUUCCUCCCCCGCCGGGGAGAGGCGCACUUCGACCUAGACGAGCGCUGGUCCCUGAGCCACCGCCGCGGGCGCAACCUCUUCGUGGUCCUGGCGCACGAGAUCGGCCACACGCUCGGCCUCGCCCACUCGCCCGCGCCGCGCGCGCUCAUGGCGCCCUACUACAAGAGGCUGGGCCGGGACGCGCUGCUCAGCUGGGACGACGUGCUGGCCGUGCAGAACCUGUAUGGGAAGCCCCUGGGGGGCUCAGUGGGCACCCAGCUCCCAGGAAAGCUGUUCACUGACUUUGAGGCCUGGAACCCCCACAGCUCCCAAGGCAGCCGCCCUGAAACCCAGAGCCCUAAAUACUGCCACUCUUCCUUUGAUGCCAUCACUGUAGAUGGGCAACAGCGACUGUACAUCUUUAAAGGGAGCCACUUCUGGGAGGUGGCCCCUGAUGGCAAUGUCUCAGAUCCCUGCCUGCUGCAGGAAAGGUGGGCAGGGCUGCCCCCCAACAUUGAGGCCGCUGCAGUGACACUGGACGAUGGAGACUUCUACUUCUUCAAAGGGAGUCGAUGCUGGAGGUUCCAGGGUGCCAAGUCAGUGUGGGGUUCCUCCCAGCUGUGCCGGGCAGGGGGCCUGCCCCGCCACCCCGACGCGGCCCUCUUCUUCCCUCCUCUGCACCGCCUGAUCCUCUUCAAGGGUGCCCGCUACUAUGUGCUGGCCCGAGGGGGGCUGCAAGUGGAGCCCUACUAUCCCCGCUUCCUGCGGGACUGGGGCGGCGUCCCUGAGGAGGUCAGCGGCGCCCUGCCAAGACCUGAUGGCUCCAUCAUCUUCUUCAGAGAUGACCGCUACUGGCACCUCGACCAAGCCAAACUGCGAGUGACCACCUCGGGCUGCUGGGCCACCGAGCUACCCUGGAUGGGCUGUUGGUUUGACAACUCAGGGGGGGCCCUGUUCUGAAGUCCCCACCGCCUCAUGAACAUUGGUGCUCUCGUGACAACUCACUUCGCCUGCCCCAGGGGCAGAGCCCACCUUGGAAGCCCCUGAGGCUGCCUUGGAAGCCCCUGAGCCUCCCUGUAGAAGAACAGGCGCCACCUGGAAGCUUUAAGCAUGUCUGCACUUGUUUCCCACCGAAGGUGGCACUGUCUCUGUGCUAUUCCCACUACAUGGACACGGGAGUGGAUUGAUCAAAGGAAAGGCGACAAAGGGUCCCAGAUCUUCAGCCCGUUCCAAGGACCACUGUCCUGCCCAAGCCUGGGGGAUUUUGUUUCUUCUGCUAAGAAUGCAGUUCUGUCGGUGAGCUGAUGUUGCUGGGGUCCAACCAGGGAGAAUGCAAAACUCAAUGGAAAGCUUGGAGACUGUUUUGCAAGACACUGCUCUUCUCUUAGGACCUCCUGCCUCAGUUCUUAGGAAAUGAUGUCCUAUAUAAUCAGAGCCCUCAGCCCCAGGAAGCUUGUUUGGGGUUAAGGCACAAGAUGUCUCCAACUUCAGAGACCCUUUGAGGGAUCAGGAUGCAAAACAGGAAGGAGACUGAUGUUCACCUCCUGGAUCUGGCUUUUUGACUGGGAAAGAAUGAAGAGGCGCCCCCGGCUGGUGGCCCAGGAAGCAGCAAGCAGACUUUUUGGAUCAGUUCUCCAACCUUGCUGGGGAGAGCAGGUGGGCAUGGAUGUGAGAGACGCAGGGACCAUACUCUUCCAUCCAAGCCAGGGCUGACCAGCUGUUCGUAGUUGUGAUGAGAGGAGGCCUGCCUCUCCCCAGAAAGCGAAUAUCCUCACCCCCACUCCCCCUCCUGUGCCAGAUGGAGCCCCGCGCAUCAGGGAGUGGUCAGAAGCCCCCUGGGGGUCUGCACUGCUGCAGCACCCUCCGUGGCCUAGCAGGUGUGUGUGUGUGAGGGGGGGUGCCUGGUGCACACAAUGGCCCCAUUCUGCAGACCACACACGCAGCAUUCCCAAAACUCCUGCUGUCUGGCCAAAAAUAGCUGGGAUUCCUGCAGAAGGAACCAGCUCCCCAGCCGCCGUGUCUUGCGCCUCAGCCAGUCUCUGGCGUGUAUUUUAGCAUCCGGUUCUCCAGUCCUCUCCCUGCCCUCUCCCAGCACACACCUGCCAGUACUUCCUAGGCACUCAGCUGGCCGCCUCCAGCCAGGCGAGGAUGGUCUGGCAGGGUUCCGACCCUGCCUCGGUCCCCCGGGGCAUUGCUGGCCUGGCGUUGCCUGGGCUUCUCUGUGCCUCUCUGGAGCAAGUGGUCUGUGCUGCCCCGUCCUGAGGGGGCGAGGGAGGAAGCUCCCGGCCCGCCCUUUUCUCUCUGGCUUGGGCCCGGGGAAGGAGGAGGAGCCCCAGUCUUCACCAUUCCCUCUUGGAGCGGCCUCACCCACACCUCAAGGCACGGACACUUUGAUGCGAGGCUUUAUUGAAUGCCUCGAGGGAAGGGGCAGUUGCUCAGAGGGACGAGGGAACCCCGAGGCCAUUUCCCUGAAGCGCCGCCUCUGCCCGUCUUCAAGAUGUGUGAAACUGCGUCGAGACCUGGGUCGGGUGGGCCGUAGGGAGGUGCUGGGUGCUGCCGGCGUCGCAGGCGCUGCAGCCGGCAUAUGUCAUCUGCACAGCUAACGCCUGGCUAGAUGACGGGGGAACCCUGCCUGAUGGGGUGCUCGGGAUAGCGGCUGGGAAAAGGGACAGAUCUGUGCAAGGUGCGGGAGAGGGGUCCCCGUCAGAGGAGUUGAGGGUCAGGCAAGGAUGGAGGACACAAAGGCUGGGAGUUGGGGCGCUCAGAGCCCCCGGCGGCCUCCGCCCUACCCAGAUCCGGGUGCUCCAGAACACAGUGUGCCACGUAGGCCGGGUGCCUGUGCAGGGUGCUGCAUUUCUUGCAGAAAAGUACCUCGCAGCGCGAACAGCCCCCGCGGCUCGGCCGCAGACGCCGCGUCUCCAGCACGCACCGCUCCUCCGGGAGGCUGCGCUUCCUACGGUUGGGGACCCGCGCGCUCAGGGCCGAGGCGACCCUCCCCCUGGGGCUCGGCACCUGGUACCCCGCGGGCCGGCGCCUGCCUUACCUGUCAGCGGGGGCCACCAGGCCGCUGAGCAGCGCGAAGGGGCUAAACCAGCCCCAGAACCCGGGGUCCGGGCGCCGCAGCAGCGCCACCUGCUGGGUGCUCGACUCCUGGCGCAGCGGGCAGUAGGACAGCGAGCCCCGCCCGCGGACAUCCUCCUCGGCCGCCGCACCCUGCGCUUCCUCGCCCCCGGCCGCGCUCUCGGCGGUCCGCCGCUCCUCGCUCUCCUCCGACCCCUGCUCCGCCUCCCUGGCCCCCGACUCCUCCGGUUCCUUCUUCCACAGGGGAGACUUCGCGCCUGCAGGCGGGAGGGCGUCAGUGCGGUCCCCGGGGACCCUGCCUGCGGCAGGCGCCUGCGGGCCGCAGUGUGCUCGCGAGGCCCAGGCCCGCCGGGCUCCGCCAGAGGGCGCAGUGUGCACGGCCGCUGACGCCCCGGGGCUACUGCCCCAUUUCCCAGACUCUUGUGCUUCCUCGUGAAGGAUUCAGGCAAGCCUCCUCGCAUCUAAAUCAAGCUCUGUUUCCUCAUCUGUAGAGUGAGAAAAAGUAGUUCCUACCUCCAAUGUCAAGCGCCCAGCCUCUGGCUGGGCGUGGAUCAGGCAAUCAACAAAUGGGAGACUGCCAAUCCGGAUGGGGUGGGUGUGCCUGAUCUCCAGAUAGGCUAUUAAUAAAAAUGAUUGUCAUUUUAA